CACCUUUUUGCUUUUCUUUUCACCUAAAAAGAUGGAAAGUAAAGGAGAAGAAGAAAAUGGAGAGAGACAGAAAGGGGAGAGAUUGGUGGAAAAGUUGAAGAAUUAUACUUGUAAAAAUAAUAAUAAUGGACCUUCAACUCCGGUGCACGUUAGCUUCUCCAGCCUUAACCUUUACUCUUCAAAAUUCUACUCACCAUCAGACGACGUUGUUUCAUCUCGAAAGCUCGCUGCUGCUUUCUGGGAGUUUCAUCACUACUACUACUACGAAGAAGAAGAAGAAGAUCGCUCCUUCUUUUCUCCUCCUCCUGCUGCUAAAAUGCACCGCCGACAGCGCCACGGCAAGGCUGUGGUUAAGGAGAAUGGUCUCGACCUCUCUCAAUUCCUCCGAGAUCCCUCUCCUGAUCAUCAGCCAGAGAGUGCGGGAAGUCUAAGGAGGCAGAUCGGUCAAGUGCUGAUGAAACAUCACCAAUCACUCGAAAGAAACAAUCACGCUCUUCAGCCUGUAUCUCCUGCUAGUUACGGAAGCUCCCUCGAGGUUGCGCCGUACAACAAAGCAGUAACUCCAAGCAGUUCACUAGACUUCCAAGGAAGACCAUCAAGAGAACCUCAUUACGAUCUCAAGACAUCAACCGAACUUCUCAAGGUACUAAACCGUAUUUGGAGCCUCGAGGAGCAGCACGCAGCCAAUAUCUCUUUAAUAAAAGCUCUGAAACACGAGCUGGCUCACUCGCGUAUUCGUAUCAAAGAGCUUCUUAGGUAUCAACAAGCCGAGAGGCAUGAGCUAAACGGUGUGGUGAAGCAACUCACCGAAGAAAACCUCUUGAGGAAGAAUAAAGAAGUUACCUCUGCUGUUCAGUCUGUGAGGAAAGAGCUGGAAGAUGAGCGGAAACUUCGAAAACGUUCCGAGAGUUUGCAAAGGAAACUGGCGAGAGAGCUCUCUGAAGUGAAGGUUUCGUUGUCUGAGUGCGUCAAGGAGGUUGAGAGAGGGAAUAAGUCAAAGAAGAUGAUGGAGAUACUCUGCGAUGAGUUUGCUAAAGGGAUUCAGGGAUACGAAGAGGAGAUUCGCGGUUUAAAGCAGAAGGAUUUGGAUAAGGAUCGGGUAGAAAGAGAUCAGAUGGUUCUUCAUGUGGCAGAAUCUUGGCUUGAUGAAAGGAUGCAAAUGAGAUUAGAAGGUGGAGGAGAUAGCUCGGUGUUGGAUAAGCUUGGGGUUGAGAUAGAGACGUUCCUUCAUGCUAAGCGUCGGAGUUCACUUGAAUCGGUUCCGUUUAAUGCAUUGAGCGCACCACCGCGUGAUGUGGAGUGUGAGGAAGACUCUGCGGCAAGCGACUCGAAUUGCUUCGAGCUCAAGAAACCUGUAAACGAAACUGAGAAGCUUAACCAAACGAAGAAAGAGGAUGAAAAGCCGUCGAGUUUCCAAGUGAAGUUUGAGGAUCAAAUGGCGUGGGCUAUGUCUAGUAACGGGAAGAAGAAAACACAAACCAUCAAAGAAGAAGAUGAUGAUGAUGAUGCAGAGGCUGAGAAGAACAAUGGUAACAAACCAGAGAAUGAAACUACAAAAAAGAAUGAUGUGAUGGGAGAAAUGAUUAGGACACACAGAAGAUUAGUGUCUGAAACUGGUGAAGCUUCUUGUAGUAGUUACCCAUCUUCUUGGAGACAAGCGAGUCCAGUUCGACAAUGGACUUCAAGAACGGUAACAUCUGAACUGUCUGCAAAACCUGCUGCUGUUGGGAAUGGUCAAGGAGUAAAGGAUAAUACUUUGAAAACAAAACUUGCAAAGAGUUCUAAGUCACGUCUUCGGCUGUUCAAAGGUUGAUGAUUCAUAUUUCAUUAUCUCUGUAUAUUUUUUUUUUUUUGUAUAUCGGUUUCAUUCUACGAUUUUUGCAACCUUGUAAACA